GCCCAGAGGGGCGAGCACGAUAACCCAUCGAUUCAGACAGCCGUCUGUAGGCAGACACACAGAGGAGAGGUCGGGAAAAGUUUCGUACGGACGAGGGCUGUGGAACGAGUCAAGUGCUUCCAGUGAUAAGCACUGACGCUUGUUGGGCUCUUUGCCCUACUUUCGGAUAACGAUAUGGACGCGUUGAAGUCCGCGGGGAGGGCAAUUAUCCGGAGCCCCAGUAUCGCCAAACAGUCCUGGGGUGUGGGCAGACAUAAAAAGCUUCCAGAGAACUGGACGGACACGAGGGAGACCCUUCUGGAGGGCAUGGUGUUCCAGCUCAAGUACCUGGGGGUCACCAUGGUGGAGCAGCCCAAGGGGGAGGAGCUGUCGGCCUCCGCCGUCAAGCGCAUCGUGGCGACGGCAAAAGCGAGUGGGAAGAAACUCCAGAAAGUCACACUCAAAGUCUCCCCGCGGGGAAUCAUCCUAUAUGACAGUGCCUCAACCCAGCUGAUCGAAAACAUAUCCAUAUACAGAAUAUCAUACUGCACAGCAGACAAGAUGCACGACAAAGUGUUCGCCUACAUCGUCCAGAGCCAACAGAACGAGACUCUACAGUGUCAUGCCUACCUCUGCACAAAGAGGAAAGUGGCUCAGGCGGUGACGCUCACAGUGGCCCAGGCUUUCCGGGUGGCGUUUGAGUUCUGGCAGGCUGCCAAGGAAGAGAAGGAAAAGAGGGUGAAGUCUGGCUCGGACGGGGAGGGCGUAGGAAACUCCCAGUCGGAGAGCUUGGCCAGCCUGGCCAGUCUGAAGGGAGGAGAAGUGGCCACAGGGGAACUGCUGGACCUGGCUGACGGAGCCAAAGGGGUGCUGGCCCACUCUGGGAUCAUCCAGGGAGAGCCAGACCCCUUUCUGGCACACAGGCGCGCAAUGGAGAACAACAAUACUGUAUGGGAGCUGGAGGACGGACUGGAUGAGGCGUUCUCAAGCCGCAGUCUGGAUAGUUUUGAUUCCUACUCAGGCUCGCUGAGUCUCGCACUAACCCCCAGGUCCUGGACAUUGGGGUAAAUCCUCAGGACAUCCACACUGAAGAGUGCCUGUCCCUCAGCCAAUGGGACCAAGCAGAACCAGAACCCCCCGAACAAAAGGACACUUGCAGCUUCUGAAUGGAGGCCGGUGCUGCAGAGAAAAAGAAUGGAGGUGGACAGGGAGCGGGGGUUGGGGGUGUAGAUGUUGAAGACUGUGUGAGUGAAACUCUAAGAGACAAACAUGCUGCGCACUAAAGACAUUAGGAAAGGAACAUAGCGGACACUUGCAUUGAUGACCACCUUCUCCCACAGUGCCAAGUCUUCUUAGAGGCGCCAUCUUGUGGCCAUGAGUGGUAAAGCACACAGAGGUAAUGGAAAGGCUAAAUAAGCCACUGGCUCACAGAGCAGACCAAAGCAAUACAAAGAAAAUUCUCCCUUUUUUAUAUAUACUAAAAUAAUACCAAUGCAUUCAAUUGAUGUUUGUUACAGUCAGUGUAAUAUCGUUUUUGUCUUUGUUUACCCACUGUAUGUUGUCAUGUCAUUUAUUUGAAAUGUAUGUAUUUCUGUAUGUGGCAUUCAAGUCUUUGUGUACAUUUAUAUGUGUAAACUGAAUUUUAUCAUUGGAGAUGGACUAUAAGGGUUAGUUAUGCACAUUUUUAUUAAAUAACAAUGGCAAAGUAAGGUGCUACGAAUAUGUUGCAAGGUUUCCAUAAGUUAAUAAUAAAUGGAUAAGAGGGACAAACUAACUGGUCAAGGUGUCCAGUCUUAUUUAAUUCAAAAUGGAGAUAUAUUAAGUUCAGCGUUGUAUGAACUUCAAGGUCAUAGCCUUUGAUCAGGUGGAAAUAAAGGCUUUAACAUGUGUGUGUACCUGUAUGUUGGCUUUUGGCUAAUAUAAAAGACAUAACAAAGAAUAACAGACAAGAUGACAAUCUUUUUUUUUUUUAUAGUGCAAAAUCAAUUUUUGCAUUCCAUGUGUCCCACUAUGAAGCAUAUGUAAUGGAAAGUUACUUUCAGGCUGAACUCCAUGGGUAUUGUACAAUAUACUGUACCAGUAUGUGAAAGUAUUUAAUUGCAAUGAUCUGGUCUAUUCUCUUCUCUGCAGGGUUAUUGGUCCCACAAAUACAUUUUGUUAAUGUUUGCAAAUAACUUCAUUGAGUAAUUAUUUACAUACACCUUAUUAAAAUCCCAAUUCUGUGUAA